GAACCUUUCCGCCCGGAACUACUAUCAGUGGACAUUGCAUCAGCCGUACAGUUGACAGUGAGAGACAGUGUAUCCACGAGUGUGUAGACUUCUGUCCCCUGUAGUUCGGGUACUAGUCUCUGACUGUGAGUAGUAGGCUCUGCCGGGUUCUUCAGGUCCGCAUGGAGAUAUUAGGAAGUACGUUUGACGACUCUGUGUUUUCGGAGGCGAGAGACCGAGUGUGUGCGUCUCUGUCUUCAUACAACGCUAAACUGUGCGAACCAGAGUGGUUUUGUGAGAGCGCUGCUCUCGAUACAGACGAUUCCCUGGAGAAACAGAAAGUUUACAAGUUCAGAGGUGACUUGGCCGUGAGACAGGGGAACUAUCAGAAAGCCUUGGAAGCAUACAGCUGCUGCCUAGAGUGGCUCGCUGACAACAACUUGACCAUCAGAAGAGAUGUCCUGGAGGGAAUGGCUCGAUGCUGCACCAAACUGGGACAGAGAGAGAGGGCUGUGCACUUGGCUGACUUACUGAGGAAAGAAGCCUCCAACACCAGUCACCUGACCAGCCUCCUGCUGCUGAAGGUCAGCAUCUUCCAGCAUUUUGGAGCCAUCGGAUCAGCGAUGUCAUGUCUCCAGCAGCUGUGUAGCCUGCUGCCCUUUAACCCCUGGUACUGGUUCAACCUGGGUCAGAUGUGUCUGCAGCUGCUGGAGAACAGACCCACAAGAUUAUGUUCCUCUGAGAGGUGUGAAUCAGCAGAGGAGCAGAACGAUGGAGAAACUGAGGAGCAACAGGAGGAGGCAGCAGAGAUGGAUGAAGACAGACUCCAACUAAAAGCUUGUACUUGUUUAGUCAGGACAAGACUCCUGUUGAAAAUCCUUCGGCAGCAGCAGUCCUCCUUUGUGUUGCAGCGCAGUGAACGUGCCCUACAGACGACAGAUGAGGCACUACAGCGGCUAAAUCCCAAAGAAUCCACACUGCAGACUCUCACUGAGGUGAUGUCAGAGGACCUGAUCCCAGACAAGAUGAGGGAGGACUACCAAGAUGGAGAGAGUCUGGCCAGUGUGUGUGUGCAGAGCUUCAGAGAGCGCUGGUGGAACAAGAUCUUACUGACUGGUGUGUCAGAGACUGACGAAAGUCUGCGUCAGACAGAGACGGACACGGGGUCCUGAUGUUGAAUGUUUACAGAAGGGACUGAAGACGGCUCAGCAACUGAUAGAUCCCAGCAAAGACCAACUGACACAGACUGAAUGAACUGAGAGUCAUAUCCUGGGCCUCACAAUCACUUUAGAUCUGUACGUCAAUACUACAGCUCAAAUGUUUACCUUUAUUUAUUUUUAUUGUAUAUAAAGACGGACACAUCUCCACUUCCUGCCACUAUACAGAAAAUAACCCAGAUUCAAACGUUGCCAUCUUGUGCAUUUGGAGCCAGAGUCUGCGCAAUAGUGAUCAGGGAUCAACUCUCUGGAAACAUGAACACUUGAACAUACAUCAGUGUUAUAACCUAAUGACAGAAACCACCUUUGAGAAAAAAUGUGUUUGAUGUUUUCAUUAAAUAUAAAUUUUGGUCCAUAACCCAUCUGCUAAUGUGGAGGAUGGAUUUAUAACCUGUACUGUGGCCAGCCACCAGGUGGUGAUCGAGACCGGCCAUGUCAUCCAUCUUUAUAAUCUGAUUAUUCAAAUGUAAAAGUAAGGUAUUAGUGCACAAGGAGAAACAUCCCAGAUGUACUUCGUCCUCUUCGUACUGUUUGAAAUGUAAUUAAUGACGGUGAUUGUGUUCACCAUUUUAACAUUUUAAUCGGUUGAAUGUCUAAAUCGCUCAUCGAACUUUAAAAUGCUGUGUUGAUGUUGUAUAUUUGAUUAUUUUUGCAGCUGAAAUAUUAAAACAAUUUUCACAGUA